AUGAACUCCGCCAAGUACGCGAAUCUCCCUGAUAUUGACACAGCGCCCGAUGUGUACGAAACGGAGGAUGUGCACGCAGCUGAACAAGGAAAUAAGGGCGGCGGGAGUGACGACGAAAGAGAGCGGCCCCGUAAACAUGGGGAGCCUGGAAAUUGGGAAGAACUGGAUUCAAGUAGUCUUAUCGCGAUGGAUGCCGCUAGCUUGAGAUUCAGAAAGGCUGAACAGAGAAGAGAACGACUACGUACUACGUAUGAAGAUGACGAUGAGCCCACAAAGCUAACAUUGAGCAAUAGACUCCAGGCCCUACAGAUUGAGCUUGGUGCGCUGGAGACUGAGAUAGCCGAUCCUACGAAUCCUCAGGUGAGCAAGGAAAAGGAUCCUGGGGAGCUCAUUCGUGGCCUCGUCGACGUUCGGGGCCGCCUUGAACGUAUAAGAAAGGGGAAGGAAGGAAGGGGGCGAUUAGUGGGUGUUGUGCUCAAGGACCAUGGCGUCAAAGAAACUCAAGACGAAGAUGCAGACAUUGACGAGAAGGAUGCCUCAGAAAAGCAGCCGUCUUUUGGACUAGUCGAGAUGGACGAGAGGGUCGGACAGCUCGAAAAACUUGUCGGCUCGUCAACGACUGCACUUGAUGAACUGAGCCCAUUGCCUCCACCACUGGUCCCUCUUAUUACACGUCUCAAUGCGCAGCUCACGCUACUAACGCAGCCAAGACAUAUUGACUCUAUCUCUCGCCGACUUAAACUUCUUCUAUCAGACUUGGAUCGGACAGCGGCACAUUCACAUCGACGGCAGGGGUCUCAGUCAACUGCGGUAGGGGCAACUACCGCUGAGCAGUUAGUCCCCCUUUUAAAUAGAUUGGGGUCAAGCCUUCCUCAGAUUCCGCAUGUCUUGGUGAGGCUUAGGACGCUGUCAGCAUUACAUGGGGCAGCUGGUGAGUUUGAGACAACGUUGAAGGGACUGGAGGAAGGACAGCGUGAGGUAAAGGACAGGCUUGCUGAGCUUGAGGGUGCUGUCGAGGGUGUGUUGAAGGGUUUGGAAGAAAAUAGAGGCGUUGUGAAAGGGAAUGUUGAAAGUCUGGAAGGUAGAAUGAACAGGUUGUUCAAACGCCUGGAUGAAAUCCAAGCAUGA